AUGCCUCUCUAUCAACCCGAGAACUUGUACGCUCCAAUCCUUACGCAGUUCUCCCUCAAAGGGAAGAUUGCGGUAGUGACUGGAGGCUCAAGGGGGAUUGGUGCCGAAGUCGUUCGCGGGUUGGCAGAGGCUGGCGCAGACGUUGCAUUCAUCUACAAGACCAACACCGAAGCUGACGAAACAGCUGCUCGAAUCGCGAAGGAGACGGGUGUUCGCGUCCAGGCAUACAGAUCCGAUGUCACGUCCCGAGAGACCAUUGCGAAAACCAUCAACCAAAUCGCCAGCGAGUUCGGCGGAGGCCGCAUUGAUGUAGCGGUGGCCAACGCGGGUGUCUGCGCAAAUGUCAAGUCGCUCGAGUACACGGAACGGACAUGGCAGGAUAUGAACAGCGUCAAUUACGACGGCGUCAUGUGGACUGCGCAGGCUGUGGGUAAUAUCUUCAAGAAACAAGGGAGAGGAAACCUAGUCAUCACCGCCUCCGUGAGCGCUAUUUUAGUCAACGUGCCCCAGGAGCAAGCUGCGUAUAAUGCUUCCAAAGCGGCGGUCGUGCAGCUUGCCAAAAGUCUGUCCGUCGAAUGGGCUAAUUUUGCGCGCGUCAAUUGCGUGUCGCCUGGAUACAUCCUCACCGAAAUGUUGCUUACCGUGUUCCUUGCAGUGUUGACAAAGCAGCCGAAAGAGCUGAUGGAGCAUUGGCUAUCAAUGAUCCCAGGUGGCCGGGUUUGUCAUCCUGCCGAGCUAAGAGGACUCUAUGUCUUCCUUGCCAGUGAUGCAUGCUGUUACAUGACAGGAUCAAACGUUGUGAUCGAUGGCGGAUACACAUUGCCACUGGAUACGAUCUGCAUCAUGACGGAGCCUGCAGAUACCCGGGAUAGCCGCAGGGAAUUCGUGAACCCGCUCGACGCUAAACCAAGAAAGCCAUCGACAGCAUCCCAUGCUUCCUCGCCCAGGUUCAUCGGUCCUGGAAUAGUAUAUGGCUUGAAUGGCUUGAUUUUGUCUCUGAAGUGUUAUUCCGAGCUCUCGAGCUCCCAGGGUCCUGUAUUCAGUCGAUCAAAAUGGCCUGUAUAUGCUACAAUGAGGCAACCAGCACAGUGUCUUUGUUUCCGCUCUACACGAACAGCGGGCAGCAAUGAGACGCCUCCUCUCUUUGACGGAGGAAACAAGGUCUUUCCACUCAACCUGGAAAGUGGGAAUGACCCAAGCCAAGUUUUUUUCCUCCCGUCGGAUGGCCCGCUCAUGGCCAAGCAAAUUCCAAAUUCUGGCGCGCGCGCCAUCGUCGCUUAUUUGAAUGGAGGGACAAAGAAUUCAAGAGAAAAUAAUGAUAAAGCAGACAUGUUCACACAAUGUUUGCGUCUCAUUCACUAUCAGCAACUGAACAGCUCUCGGAAGCACACAAAGACAACGAAAUACAAUAUCAACACGAUGUCUUCGCUUAAAAACAACAUGAAGAAAGCCAUGGGAUCUGACCAGAGCAGUUCGGCACUAAACGACCUUGACAGAACGCAAUCGGCAAUGGAGCAGGAAGCUCAUGAAUUCUCUUUGGCUGAGCAGAAGAGAAUCAUGAGACGGGUUGACAUUCGUCUUGUUGCAACUGUCGGGUUGUUAUACUGCUUCUCUGUGAUUGACCGGUCGAACCUUCCAUCUGCCGCCGUUGCCGGCAUGAGAGAAGAUUUAGACUUGACUGGCAACCGUUACUCGGUUGUUAGCUUGGUUUUCUUCACGACCUAUAUCACUUUCCAGCCGAUCUCAGUCAUUCUUGGCCGAACGUUGGGCCCUCGGGCCUACUUCACGGCUAUCACAAUGAUUUGCGGUGGCAUCGUAAUUGGUAUGGGCUUUCUGACGCACUGGGGACAGCUCGUGGCUUUGAGAGUGGUCCUUGGUGCUCUCGACUCUGGAUUUUUCCCUAGCUGCGUUUACCUUUUGAGCACUUGGUACACCCGUUACGAGGUUGGAAAACGUUACUCGGUGUUUUAUAUGAUUGUCUGCUUUGCUUCUGCAUUUGCAGGAAUCUUGGCUUUCGGACUCACCCAACUUGAUGGAACCGCAAACUUCAGGGGCUGGUCCUGGAUCUUCAUCGUAGAAGGUGUCAUAACCUGCGCUAUUGGCAUCGUCGGCUAUUUUCUCCUCGUCGGGUUUCCAGAUGCUAAAAAGAGCGCCUGGAACUUUCUUUCUCAGGAGGAAACUGCUUGGGUGAUUUCGAGAGUUCAGGCCGAUAGAGGAGAUGCGGAAUUGCCGUCUUUCAGUGUCAAGAAGUUCCUAAGAGGCGGGGCUGACAUCAAAGUCUGGGCUUUGUCUAUCAUCUACUUCAACAACGCUCUCAUCAUAUUCUCGCUAUCUUUCUUUCUGCCGAUCAUCCUCAAAGACAAUAUGGGCUUCAACACGGGAAAAGCCCAGAUCUUGACGGCGCCACCGUACGUAUUCGCCGCAAUCAUCACUUACACCACGGGCUGGCUAGGGGAUCGAUACAUGCUUCGAGGUCCCAUUCUUGUUGGCGAUAUGGUCUUGUCAAUUGUCGGGACCUGCCUCAUGGGCUUCCACAGCGAUGUUGCCGUUCGAUACUUGGGCGUCUUUCUCAUCACCGCAGGGAGUGUAAGCGCUGUGCCGGCGACCAUGGCCUAUCAGGCGAACAACAUCCGAGGACAGUGGAAGCGCGCAUUUUGCAGUGCCAUGGUAGUCGGUGUUAGCGGAAUCGGUGGCAUCGCCGGCUCUCUUGUUUUCAGAAGCCAAGACAAGCCUCAUUACCUGCCUGGGUUGAGCACUUGUCUGGGAUGCGCGGUUCUAAACGUCAUAAUUGUCAUUGCUUUAAGCUUUUACUUCCGCUAUUGGAACACGAAGGCCGAGUGUGGUGAGGUUGAGCUCGAAGCAUCGGAUGAAACCCAAGCAUCGGACUUCCGCUACACCUACUAA